GACUUUCCUAGUAGCGAACAUUUUCUCCAUUCUUUCUGUGAUACCCCGAAACAUUUUGUAUUGACUUUCCUUGGCUAUUUUUACUUAUCCGCGUUGAUUAUACCAUCAAACUCUCCGUUGUCUGAACAAAGACGAUGCUAUUCUAUAGCCUCAUAUUCUUAACAUCUACAGUCUUUACUAUUACGAAUGCCCUCGUUCUGAGUGCAACGACUACACAUUCAAGACCUAUUGCGGCUCCAACGAUUUUGCAGCGUGAUGCGACUACCACUGCUUCACCUACAUCCACAAGUUCACUUUACUUCCUAACAACGAAUUAUAUUACCAUUGCGGGGGUAACAAAUGCACAUGUGACUAUUCCAGCUAAAACGGUAUCUUUUGCAGUUCCUACCUGCAUACAAACACUUGCGCCGGACGAAAAUGGAUAUCUGCCUCCGGGUACAUGCAACGCUCUUUAUGACUACUAUCCUAGUUCUACAUCAGCUGUAGCUUUCGCUGGCAUCUUUGGGGUUCUUACUCUAAUUCACAUCAUACAAGCAUUAUUUUAUAAGAAGGCAUAUAGUUUCUUCAUAAUUUCAGCGUCCAUAUGGGGUCUCACAGCCUUCAUACUUCGCAUUGAAUCCACUUACAAUCAACAAGACAACGCUCUUGAACUCAUGUCUUCCAUUUUCGCUUUGACCAUCUCGCCCAUGAUCAACGCCUAUUACUUCAUUCUCUUGGGACAUAUUAUACAUCACUAUCUCCCAAGUCGCUCUCUUCUCAGUGUUCGUGCUCAUUUCAUCGCACUCCCGUUUUUAGUAUUCAAUGGAGCAGCCUUUGUACUAGAAGUUGUGGGUGCAACAAUGAUGGAAAAGAGGAAUUUUGAAUGGGAACGGAGGAAUGCCGAUCAUGUUCAUAUUGGAGGCUUGGUUGUGCAGAUGCUAGUUGUUUUUGUGUUUUUGGGCGUGCUUGUGAGGUUUUGGAGAGAGAUGAGUGGGCUAAAACGAAGAGGUGUCAUGGGAAUGGGGUGGAAAGGUCUAUUGGUAGCAAUGUUUGGAGGCUCAGGUCUCAUUUUGAUCCAGAUAUUUUUCUCCCUUGCUCGAUUCUCUACUGGAGAUAAGACAUCCAGCACCCUCUCCACCCAUGAAUUCUAUUUCUACAUCUUUGAAAUAGUCCCGGCAGUUUUAGCUAUUAGCACUAUGAAUGCACUUCACCCUGGUCGAAUCAUGAUCGGAGAAGAGAAAAUGAAAAGCCUUUGGAGUGGUCUCACGAGUUCUUUGCCUUGCCGUAAAGCGAGAAGUAAAGUGGGAAGAAACAAGGAUAUAGGCUCAAUAACUGGCUCGAGGGAAUUUAUUGGUUUGGGUGAGGCGGAGUUUGAGGGCAAGUUUGAGAAGAAUGAUGAACCGCCGAGGUAUAGUCUUUUGUGAGCUGGAAUUCACUUGGUGUUUGCAAAAACUUGUAGAGACAUUGCUUUUAUUCUUCUUUUUUAUUUUUUGUUUAUUCGACUUUUUGAAUUCUCUGCAGGAUUGCGAUAUAUUUUAUGGCCUAAGGAAUAUUCAAGGAAUGCUUGCAAAGUGAUCCGUGAAAAACGAGUGAUGGUAUCAUAUAUUGGCCCAUUCAUGUCAUAAAAUCUAAAUUCGGAAUUUACUAAACA